AUGAGUUUUUUAUGGGAUUGGUUUACUAACAUACUCAGUACAUUAGGUCUACACAAAAAAAGCGGAAAACUUGUGUUUUUAGGACUUGAUAAUGCUGGAAAAACAACCUUAUUGCAUAUGUUGAAAGAUGAUCGUCUAGCGCAGCACGUACCAACAUUGCAUCCAACGUCUGAAGAACUCGUUAUGGGUAAUAUGAAGUUUACAACAUUUGAUUUGGGUGGUCAUGCUCAAGCUCGAAGAGUUUGGAAAGACUAUUUUCCAGCUGUUGAUUCAAUUGUAUUUUUGGUUGAUGCUGUUGAUCGAAACCGAUUUAUGGAAGCUAAAGCAGAACUAGAUAGUUUGUUGACAGACGAACAAGUAGUGAAUGCACCUAUUGUUGUACUCGGAAAUAAAAUUGAUUUGCCUGGUGCUGUUAGUGAACAAGAAUUACGUUAUAUGUUGGGUAUAUCAACUGCAACGACAGGAAAGGGCAAUGUAUCUCGUAGUGAAGUAUCCGGUCGUCCAAUGGAAUUAUUUAUGUGUAGUGUUUUAAGGCGAGAAGGUUAUGGUGAAGCAUUUCGAUGGUUAUCACAAUAUUUGUAA